CUUUGAGGACGACCAUGUCGAUGUUCACCUUGGUUAUUCUGGGGUGUUUGGGGUUCCAAGGGGUGAUGGCCUCUGACUCUAGGGCGUACAGAAUGUCCAUGACCAACGACAACGAUGGGCACACCACCAGUCAGCGACAGGACCCUCAGACAAGCAAUGAAAUACCACGGAGUAUCGAGGUGGAUGAUUUCAAAAUCAACGUAGUGCCGACCAGCGGCAAAGUCAGCUUAGCACCGACCAUGGUCCGACUCUACCCGCCACCUGUCAAAACGUCACACCUUCAUGCCAACCUUCCGCUUCGCUUCGGCCGGGACUCCCUACCCGACGACACCCACUCACCCAAAACGACCCUUAAUUUACCGCAACGGUUUGGAAGAGCACAGGGGUCUGGCGCAACGGAACGGCCGUCGUGUAUUGAGUGUCCCCAUGUCGGGACACUGCCCUCCGCCACCCUGCCACAGAGGUUCGGCAGGAAUGAGUUCAACCGCCGGUAUCCUUUCCGAGCUAUGGCCUUUUUCUCACGCAGGUCCGAACCCGUGCCAAAUGGAAACAUUAGGCAGCAAGACUUUAAUGAUUCUGAUUUUGGCUCAGAGGAAGAAGAGACACGGGAAAAGACUCUGAAGAGCUCAAUGUUGGAUUUUCUCCUCUGGAACUCUUGAAAGAACUCUGUCGCCACAGAAGUGGUUCCCGUUUUCAUGACCUGGGUCGCUUAUGUUUUUUUCCCGUAAUGUUGAUCUACUAUGUAAUGUAUGAAUAUUGUUAAAUUGGUGGCAUAUUGUUACUUAAUCAUGUAAAGCACAAAUUAAAACGAUAGUAUCGAUUUUA